GUUGAUUAUUGUCUGAUUAUCAUACCACUAACACCUAACCCUCAUAGUCCUCAGCUCUUCAUUCGAAAGAAACCUAAAAUCAAAAUAUACAAUUGCUCUUCGUGACGAAUUAACGAAAAAGAGAUUUCGACGUUUGACGACGCCUCUUCUACAGAUUGCCCAAGAGAGUCUGGCUCCUAAGGAUCCUUCGACUGGUCUUUGAGUCCAAGAGAAAAUACUACAAAAGGAGCAAUGUCGGCUUCAUCUGCUUCCGACGUCUUCGCCUACAUCGUCGCCAUCUUCCUGCCUCCUCUGGCUGUCUUCCUUAAGACUGGAUGCAGUGCCGACUUCCUUAUUAACAUCUGUCUCUCCAUCCUGGGUUGGAUUCCUGGGGUCAUACAUGCGUGGUAUGUCAUUGCGAAGUACGACCCGGCGGCGUACAGAUACAGAUAGCUGGGCAAGAGAUUCAGAAGGCGGCAUUGGACGGGAGAUUGAUUGUGCAGUAGCUGUAUACCAAGCGGAAUGAUAAAGGCUAUUCGUUGUUUCUAAUGUCUAAACUUGCUACAAUAGCGUUCAACAGGUGAUCCCUUGAUGUUCGCCGCUUCUCACGAAUCUUCAUUCCACAUG